AUGGACGCACGCAACUGGCGGUUGGGCAUACGGAUAAUAUCGAGCCUGAUUGUAUCAUCCAUUGCUGGUCUUGUGGGAUUCUCAAGAGCUAUAGACUGCGAAGCAUCAACGCAGAUCACUGCGGAGUUCGGUGUGAGCAAGCUGGCGGAAUCAUUAGCUAUAUCCACAUACCUCUUUGGCUACGCAGCUGGUUCAUUGGUAACUGGUCCAUUUUCUGAAACUGUUGGCCGCAGCCCCGUCUAUGUGAUUUCAAUGAUAUUAUUUACGCUUUCAUCCAUGGCGACGGCUCUUUCUCCCAACUUGGGAGCACAACUCACCUUCCGAUUCUUCGCCGGUUUCUUCGGCUCGACUCCCCUGGUCUGCGCCGGUGGCAGUCUGACGGAUCUUUGGAGUCCAAAGGAAAAUAUAUACUUUUUUCCAGUCUUCUCCAUUCUCUCAUUCGUUGGCAACGGCGUAGGGCCACCUAUCGGCGGUUACCUUGCUCAAUACGGCCCCAGUUGGAGAUGGGUUGACUGGGUGACUACCAUUCUCGCAGGAGUGCUUCUCCUGGCUGUCAUAUUCCUCCUACCGGAAACCUUCAAGCUGAUGCUCUGGAAAUGGAAGACUCAGCAUGUGCGCAAAGUAACCGGGAAUGAAAGAUAUAAAGCUCCAUCGGAGAUCGAAAAGGGAACCUCCCUUCCUAGACAGCUUUUCGAAUCGCUAUAUCGUCCUUUCUUCUUGGCUAUCUAUGAACCCAUCGUCAUACUCAUCGCACUGUACUUGGCUAUUACCUACGUCAUCCUCUUCACGUCACUGAAUGGCUACACCUUCAUGUUCAGUGAUACGGUUCAAGAACGCGCAAAGAUCUCUCAGGGCCCAAACCGCGAGGAAGGAUAUGAACAUGCAGAGAAUCAGCAAGUAGAAAAUAUACUAUGUUCGGUGCGCCGUUUAUACCGAUUUCGCUUUCUCUGGAUGAUGACAUAUACAACUCGAUCGGAUAUUUCGCCGUGGUCUGCGAUUAUUGGCUCCGUUCCUUUUGGGUUUGGGUUUGUCCUUGUUUUCGUUACUUGUUAUGAAUACCUGAUGGAUAGCUAUGCGAUCUAUGCUGCUUCGGCGCUGGAUAGUGCGAGUUGCAUUCGAUAUUUGAUAGCGGACGUGAUGAUGCCUGUUUCGUUGCCGUUGUACUCGAAUCUGGGUGUAGAGUGGACGCUGACAAUGCUGGGAGGGUUGAGUGCAUUGAUGGUGCCGGUGCCAUAUGUGCUCUAUAGAUGGGGACAUGUGAUUAGGCGGAAAAGUAAGCAUGCUGCUUCUUGA